AUGCAUCUCGCGAUCCCGCCUUCUCCCAAACAAAGAAAUACAAAGUCCUUCCAGCGAGUCGAGUACUCAGGAAAGUCUACCCAGAAGACGAAGAACCAGAAUAUCGCACUGCAGUCGGAACUGAGUGGCACCUCGCCCAUCUGGUCACUUAAGCCUCUCUCAUUUCUGAAGUCGGUGGCUUCCAAGCACAACUCUCGGAAACAGGCAACAUGA